GCAUUUCGGUGGAGAAACAGGAAGCGCUAUCGCCGAGACAUGGGGAGAGGAUGGAGGUGGAGUGGUGCGCUUGAAUGAAACGGGAAGGCCGUGAAACCAUUGCCACCUCUCAAAUCAGGACCAUACAGACCGCGGCUGGGAUGUGGGCGGCACCAUGAGUGUGAAAGCUUUCGAGCUUGUUCCCGCCGUGGAGCGGGAACAGGUGAUGGGCGACAAGGUGCGAAUUAACAUUGAAUGCAUUGAAUGCUGUGGUAAACACCUGUAUUUGGGCACCAACGACUGCUUCAUACAUCACUUCCUACUAGAGGAGCACACAACAGCCAAGGGCAUGCCGGCAUACAACGCCCAGAAGCUCCUACAUAAAUUCCUUGGCUUAAAAAAGCCGGUGUUGGAGCUGAAAGCUGCCUCUGCUUUAGAACGUCUCAUUGUUCUUUGUGAUUCAACCAUCACUGUUGUGGACAUGGUUACCCUUGAACCUGUGCCCACUGGAGGAAAUAAACUGAAAGGUGUGACUGCGUUUUGUAUUAAUGAGAACCCGGUGACGGGAGACCCGUUCUGCGUAGAAAUAGCGGUGGUGUCAGCACGCAAACGGGCUGUCCAGAUCUGUUUGGUCUAUGAGGACCGGUUACAAGUGUUAAAGGAAGUAGCCACACCGGAGCAGCCCUGCGCCCUGAGCCUGGAUGGGUACUUUAUCUGCCUGGCCCUGUCCACACAGUAUAUGAUUCUGAACUACAGCACGGCAGCAUCUCAGGAUCUUUUUCCGUACGACUGUGAAGAAAGGAAACCUAUCGUUAAAAGGAUCGGCCGGGAAGAGUUUCUACUGGCUGCCCCCGGGGGUCUCGGGAUGUUUGCUAACGCGGAGGGCAUAUCUCAGCGCGCACCGGUGAGCUGGUCAGAGAACGUGAUCGCAGCAUCUGUGUGCUUUCCAUAUGUGGUUGCGCUGGACGAAGGUUUUGUGACUGUUCACAGCAUGUUGGACCAGCAGCUCAAACAGACGCUCCCUUUCAGAGAUGGACACCUACUGCAAGAUUUUGAAGGUAAGAUGGUGUUGGCCUCUACAAAGGCAGUGUAUAUACUGGUUCCUCUCCCUCUGGAUCGUCAGAUCCAAGACCUGUUGGUGAGCCAUCGAGUCGAGGAGGCCCUGACUCUUACAGAGGCCGCGCAGAGAAACAUUCCCAAGGAAAAGUAUCAGAUUUUGUACAAAAGAAUUCUCCAGCAAGCAGGAUUCAUCCAAUUUGGCCAGCUUAAAUUUUUAGAAGCAAAAGAACAUUUUAGGAAAGGACAGCUGGACGUUCGAGAACUGAUCUCCCUGUAUCCUCUUCUCCUGCCCGCCUCUUCCACUUUCACGCGGAGUCAUCCUCCGCUUCACGAAUUCGCCGAUCUAAACCACCUAACGCAGGGUGACAAGGAGAAAGUUCAGCGCUUCAAACGCUUCCUCAUCAGCUAUUUGCACGAGGUGCGCAGCGUCGAAAGUGCUAACGGUUUCCGAGAAGAUGUGGACACGGCGCUGUUGAAACUCUAUGCAGAGACAGGUCAUGACAGUCUACUGGACUUGUUGGCCUCGGACAACGCUUGCCUUCUGACAGACUGCGCCCCCUGGCUGGAGAAACAUCUCAAGUAUUUUGCUCUUGGGCUUCUGUAUCACUACAAUGGCCAAGAUUCUGCUGCUUUACAGAUGUGGGUUAAGAUUGUCAAGGGGGAUCUCCAGGACUCAACUCGACCAGAUCUCUUUGAGUAUGUCGUAGACUUUCUUAGUUUCUGUUCUAACCUUGACCUUGUGUGGCGGCAUGCAGAUUGGGCACUACAGAGAGAUCAGAAGAUUGGUGUCCAGAUCUUCACCAAAAGGCCUGACUCUGAAGGGAAGAGGGGGCAUUUAAAUCCAGAUGAUGUGAUUGGGUAUUUGCAGAAGCACAAUAAAGCCCUUGUGCUUUACCUGGAACACCUGGUAUUAGAGAAGAGAUUGAAGAAAGAGAAGUAUCACACCCAUCUGGCUGUGCUGUAUGCAGACAGAGUGCUCGGGCUGAUCUCGAGACCAACCGUCACCGAGGAACAAUUGUCCGCUGCCCGCCAGAAACUACAACACUUACUAAAGGAGUCCAGUCUGUACAGAGUACAGUUAUUAUUAAAUAAACUUCAGGACUGCGAGCUGUUACUACCUGAGCGCGCUACACUACAUGGAAAGUUGGAGGAACAUGAUAAAGCCUUGCACAUUCUGGUGCACCAGCUGAAAGACUCGCCUGCAGCUGAGGAAUACUGCUCCUGGGCAUCUGUAAAUCAGGACCAGGCGUACCGUCAGAACCUUUUCCACCAACUCCUGAGUGUUUAUCUGGACCCAGAUGUACCGGGAGGACCACAAACCAUAGCUGCUGUAGACUUGCUUAACCGGCACGCUAACGUUUUUGAUGCGGUGCGGGUGUUGGACCUCCUCCCGGAGGAGUGGUCUUUACCACUGCUCCGCCCUUUUCUUUGCGGGGCACUGAGGUCCAGCGUGCACGCAGGGUGCACUUCCCGGGUUGCAGUAGGGCUGGCCCGUGCAGAAAACCUCCAGCUUAAGCAUGACAGGCUGAAGUAUCGAGGUGGGCCAAUAUUAGUGUCUGAAAAGAAGGGAUGCAAGCUGUGCCACAAUACCUUUAGUGAGCCAGACUGUGCCUGCUUGCCCGGCGGAACACCUGUUCAUAUUCACUGUGUCACCAAAAAAGCCCUGGUCAUACCUGUAGAGCGGCAGCAAGAGAAUGCCCACCACAGCAACCACACAUGAAGCCGAAGGGUACUGACGGGCGCUCAACAAGCGCUGGUUUUGGACCCGUAUCACACAAAUGUUGCAAGAGGGCCGAGCACAUAAGGGCUCCUGUCUGGAACUUGCGUAAGAGGAUGACCAGAUGACCUUUAUUUCUCUGUGUGUGUCAGGCAGUGAAUGAGUGUGUGUCCGUGUGUGUGUGCAUGCAUGUGUUGAAAAACGAUUUAUUCUAUCGGCCGCCUGUGUGUAUUCACAACACUGACAAUGAGUGAUGAAGCAUUUUAAUGAACAUCAAACUAAACGUUUAUCAUUCAGAAAAACUUGCAUCGUUUGUUAGCAUUUUCCUCAUUGCCUUACGGUGGCUGGUUUAGUGGCUUUGUUGACAUUUUUGAAAUGUUUUUAUAUGGGCAUACAUGCAUUGUAAACACUGUACAACGCAAAAACACUUGACAGUUAAUGCAGCCUCGGGCAGAUAAAGUGGUAUCUAGGGUAACAAUAUAACUAUGGUUUGUGUACGGCUAGCAUGGUUGAGGUAAAAAUAACAUCUCUUCUAACAACCAGAUUUAUAAAAAAUGGUUAGGCGUUUUUAUCAAAAACCAAAGUUUCUCGCUCUGGACUCGGAAAUUGAACGGUUAUAGCUUUACCUGAUUGCUUGCGUCUUUUGUCAUGGUCUGUUUAAUAUUUUGUGGGAGAAAUGAAAUGUAUUUUUUCUUAAUUAUGAAUAUGAUUGUUAUCAUAAAAUACAUUUCAUCAAUUUAGUCGCAGAGAUUUACUGAGAUAUAAAAAUAACGAUUUUCCACAAUGUUCCAUGCUUAAAAUCUGGUUUUGCUUUUCAAAGUUACAUCACAGUCUUAUAUAAAUAUUCUUCAAUCAAAGUGUGUAAAACUGAAAAUGACUAAGUAAAAUACUCCUUGACUAAGCCAGAGGGUUGAUUUGACUCCAUAUAAAAGUUUCACUUUUAUAGUCCUAAAGGAACUCUUCACCCAAAAAGGACACUUUCCUCCAGUCUUCAUUUACUCAUGCUCAAGUUGUUCCAAACCUGUUAACAUUUCUUUAUUCUAAUAAACAGAGAGAAAGAUAUGUGGAAAGCUUGUAACUAAAACGUUCUUGGCCACCAUUGACUACCAUAGUAGGAUGUUUUUAAUAAAUGUCUUUGUACUGUUGAACACAAAAGAAGAUAUUUUGAAGAACGUAGGAAAGCAAACAGUUCUGGGGCACAUUUUAAUACCAUCGUUAUUUUUCCUACCAUGCAGCCAAUGGUGGCAAAGAACUGUUGGGUUUCAAGCAUUCUUUCAAAUAUCUCUGUGUUCAUCAGAACAUAAAAUGUAUACAGAUUUGGAACAACUCAAGGGUGAGUAAAUGACAGAAUUAUUAUUGGGGUGAACUGUCCCAUUAAAUAAUCUGUAAACUGUAAACCAUGUUGUAUUCAAGCAAACAAAUUGAUCUCUGACGGAGGCUUUGCUGUUCAUACAUGUGUAACAGCUAAAUUUACCAAUUCCUUCCAUCCAAUUGUCUACAGAGACUAGUUUUUUUUUCCAGUUUAAGUGUAAAUGGAAAUUCUCUACAUUGCUAUAUCUCUUUAUAGCCUCUGACAUAUUUUAUAUAUGCACAUAGAUAACAACUGUUAAUGAUACUAUUAAUAUGCUUUGUAAAUCAAUGCCAGUGUGGGUGGAAUGUACAGAUUGUAAAGACGUCCAUUUUAAUAAACAAAACUGCUUAC